AUGACCUCAGUUUUGCGGUUUAUUUUGCACACAGCCAGGCCUCCUCUAUCUAUCUGUGCUUUAAAUGUAUUUAUUUUGAGAUCGACCAACGCUUAUAAUGCCUUGUUCGAGAAGUGCUUUUGCCUGUCAUACCAGGACAAGAGAUUUGACAUGCUGAUUAUUGCCAAGACCAAUCGAAUUACGGGUUUGUAUGUUUUGUUCUAUGCACUUUUCAUCGAUAAAAAUUUUUGGAUAGGUAGUGGCUCGCUGCAAAUCCUUAUCAAGUCUUUACACCAUAUUUGGAAUUGGAAGAUUGGCGAGGUGGCAAGAAACAAAGUGCUUUAUUUAAUUAUUUGUUGGAAGAACAAAACACGUAAAUACUGCAGAGCCUCCAUACGUGAUGAUUAUUAG